AUGAAAUUUUCAGAGGUUGAUUCAAUCAAUACAUCGUUUUAUAAUGAAUCUAUGGCUGCUCAAAAUCAUAAAAAACGAAUACCACGUGCAUUAUCAAACAUGGAUACACCGGAUGAUCGAGGUUAUUUUGAUGUUUAUGUUCGUCAAUCAUGUCGUGAUGAGCGUCAAGAUUCAUUUGAACAAAUCCGUUUUCCAUAUGCUCGAUAUAAUCGUCGUCAAUAUAAAUUUUCGAGAUCAUGGAUACGAUAUUCUCGAAGGAUGCCAAUUUAUACUAAUCGAUUCACUCGUCAUACUAUGAUUUAUUCAUCAAAUGGAGUUUAUGUUUUACCUCCAUUGGUUACUGCUUAUGGAAGAUUAAUUUCAGUAGCUGAAUUAAUGGCAUAUGGAUAUGCUACUAUGCUUAAGACUCAUGCUCUUAUGCCAUCAUUUUUUAAUGCUGCCUACUAUGCUCAUACUGGUGCAUAUUUAAUGCGAGGUAUGCCACGAUUUAAUCCAGAAACAGGUGUUUUUAUGGGUGGUGUACAAAGUCAGUAUGAAUCACAAUUCAAACCAGAAUGUGAUUAUGAAUAUGAAGAACGUACCGGUGAUGAAGAACCAAUAUCGUAUGAAGAAAAGCCAACAUCAUAUGAAGAAGAUACUGCUGAAUAUAAAAAACCAGAAAGAAAAAAUAAUUAUUAUUACAGACAAAGACAUCGACCACGGCCUCAUGAGACAACUACAACAAAGGCAGAAGAUCAGUCGUCCGAAGAAACAACAACAGAAGAAUACUAUUCAUCUGAAGAGACAACAACACCAGAAUACUACUCAUCUGAAGAAACAACAACAGAAGAAUACUAUUCAUCUGAAGAGACGACUGCUAGCAAAGGGCUAUUUACAUAUUUUAUCAUCACAACUCAUCCAACAACACACCAUGCAACAACGCAUCAUGAAACAACACAUGAAACAACACAUUCAACAACAACUGAAGUUUAUUCAUCGACAACAACCGGUGCAUCAUCGUCAAGAUCAACUCCAGCUCAAUCAUCCACAACAACUGGAGCACAAACUUCUACUACAACUGAAGUUUAUUCGUCUAGAACAACUGGAGGAUAUUCUUCUACUGCAGGUGUAUGGGGUGAUUCAGUAAGGACGGACGGGUAG